AUUUUUUCUAAUUAUCAACUUAUUCAUAUUUAUGACAAAAUAAAGCGCGAAAUAUUCAAAUUGAAAUGGAUGACAAACUAUAAUAGUACUUCGUCAAUUGACCACGGAUCUGAAUCUUAUGUCACUGAAAUUAUUAGAGGAAAUUUUUAGAAAAUCCCGAAUAUCUUUGUUCCUGUACAAAUCAGAUGAAGAUAUCUUGACGAAAUCAAAAUUAUUUUUAAAAAUUGAUGAGAAUGUGGCAUUACUGUCGGUCAUUUCGACGUAAAACAUCGUUGACGAUGGUACUGUCAUCAGUAGACAAAAGUGGGAAACACACUUAAGUCGUAACCCGUUUCGAGCUACAAAUGUACUGUGCGCACGUUAAUUUCGGUCAUUUUGCCUGGAGAUCUCCGGUUCGAGGUAUAGGGAGAGACCUGCAAUUUUUAACAUCGGUAUUGUGAAAACGUGUACAUAUCAUCUCAUCAUACGGUAGUUUAUAAUAUUAUUUAAGGUUGAAAUUAUCUUCUACGGUAGAAAAAAUACGAAUAAUCGUCGAUUUGUAAAAAAAAACGAUGGCAGACUAUGUGAUCGGUGACACAAAACCGGCAGAUAUACCCCUACCGGACGAUGGACUUUCAGCAUCACAAUUAUUCACUACCGGCGACGGUCUUACCUACAAUGAUUUUAUUAUUUUACCCGGUUACGUUGAUUUUACCGCUGACGAGGUUGAUUUAUUAUCGCCAUUGACAAAGAAGAUCAACAUUAAAGCACCGCUGGUAUCAUCUCCCAUGGAUACAGUUACAGAAUCCGACAUGGCUAUUGCUAUGGCUCUAUGUGGAGGAAUUGGCAUAAUACAUCACAAUUGCACGCCCGAAUAUCAAGCCAACGAGGUACACAAAGUCAAGAAAUAUAAACAUGGCUUCAUUAGGGAUCCAGUAGUUCUAUCACCUAAUCACACAGUCAAGGAUGUCCUAAAUGUAAAAGCUGAACAUGGCUUUUCUGGUGUUCCUAUUACAAACACAGGAAAAGUUGGAGGUAAACUAUUAGGGAUUGUAACAUCUAGAGACAUUGACUUUUUGGAAAGUACAACGAAUCAACAAUAUAUAAAAUUAGAAACAAUAAUGACAAAAUUAGAGAAUUUGAUCACUGCAACUGCUGGUGUAACAUUGCAAGAGGCAAAUAUAAUUCUUGAGAAAUCUAAAAAAGGAAAACUUCCAAUAAUCAAUGAAAAAGGAGAAUUAGUAUCUUUAAUGGCAAGAACUGAUUUGAAAAAAAAUCGUAGUUAUCCAAAUGCCAGUAAAGAUGAGAAUAAACAAUUGUUAGUUGGUGCUGCUAUUGGUACACGCAAUAAUGAUAAACAAAGAUUGCAACAUCUUGCUAUAGCUGGUGUGGAUGUUAUUGUUUUAGAUUCUUCUCAAGGCAAUUCUAAAUAUCAGAUUGAUAUGAUUAAAUACAUCAAAUCAGAAUAUCCAGAAUUACAAGUAAUUGCAGGAAAUGUUGUAACAACUAUGCAAGCUAAAAAUCUUAUAGAAGCUGGAGCUGAUGCUUUGAGAGUUGGGAUGGGUUGUGGAUCAAUCUGUAUUACCCAAGAAGUUAUGGCUGUGGGAAGACCUCAAGCAACUGCUGUAUAUAAAGUUGCAGAAUAUGCAAGAAAAUUUGGUGUGCCUGUUAUAGCUGAUGGUGGUAUUCAAUCUAUUGGACACAUAAUUAAAGGUUUAAGUUUAGGUGCUAGCACAGUAAUGAUGGGAUCUUUAUUGGCUGGUACCUCAGAGGCACCAGGUGAAUAUUUUUUUAGUGAUGGUGUACGUCUAAAGAAAUAUAGAGGCAUGGGCUCUUUAGAAGCUAUGAAUAGAAAAGAUGCUCAUGGUUCAGCAAUGGAUAGGUACUUUCAUAAUGAGAUGGAUAAGUUGAAAGUAGCUCAAGGUGUUAGUGGUUCAAUAGUUGACAAAGGAUCUGUUUUAAAGUUCUUACCCUAUUUGUUGUGUGGUAUUAAGCAUGGCUGUCAAGAUAUUGGAGCAAAAUCUAUUUCUACGUUAAGAUCUAUGAUGUAUAGUGGAGAAUUAAAGUUUGAAAGAAGAACACAUUCUGCUCAACAAGAGGGAAAUGUUCAUAGUCUUUUCUCAUAUGAAAAGAGACUUUUUUAAAUAGGUAAAUAUUAAAAUGAGCACCUUACAAAAAGAAAAGUACCUGCAUUUAAUUGCAUAUAACUUGUCAAUUUUAACAAAUUGGUUCAUGUGAACUCAUAUGUGCUUAUAGCUGAACAUAUAAUCAUGCAAAAAUAUGUUAUGAAACAAUUUUUUUUUAACAAUAGAGAAUUGAAAUUUGUUUCGCAAUUAUUUUAAAUAAUUUAAAGUCAAUUUUUUAUAAUAUUAGGAGAUACAAAUAUGUAUUUUACAUAUAUACAUAUGUAUAAAAAAUUGAUUGAUACAAGACAAAAAAAGUUUUAUUAGUUUUUAAGAUAUCCUAUAAAUGUAGUAAUUUACAUAAAAAUGUUUUUUCAUAUUCAAAAAUGUUAUUUCUUCAAUAAUUCAAUUUAUUACUUAUAUGUAUAUAUACAUAUGUCAUCCUUUAAGUACAUUAAUUAGUUUAAUUAAUAUAGAUAUGACAGAUUAUUAAACAAGAUACAAUUGUACAUUAUUAUAAUAUCCUUUUCUUGUUGCAUUCUAUGUACCUGAUUUACAUUGCUAAAAUGUACAUUUCUUAAAAUUUCCUUUAAAUCAGAUUUCAAUAAAGAAAUUGGAAAAGUAUUUUAAAAAUAUAUAAUAUUCUUAAAAAUCUACAAUGCAGCAAGAAGAAGAUAAUCUAAUGACAAAAAUAUUCAGAAUCUAAAUGCCAAACUAUGGGAACAUUAUUGGAAAGAAAUUUAAUCAGCUUAAUUGUUUAUUAGCUGAUUGUUCAUUCCUAUAUACCGUGAUAGAAAAAAAUAUAAUUCAAUUCCAGGGUUAUAUUUUAUCAAGUAUUUUAAUAUAAUUUAUCAAAAUAUAUUUUUAUGAUCCUGAUUUAAUAUAAAUUAUCUUUUGAGAUGAAAGAUUUAGAUCCAGGUAUUUAAGCUAAGUCAAUUAAUUUUGUAAUCGUAAAUAUAUCAAUUAACAAAAAUACGGUACAUCAGUUUAUUAUCGUUAGUUGAAAAUUUUAUACAGGUGUUAAUAUAACAAAAUUGUAUAUUUGAAAUAAAGUCCUAAUUAACGUUAAUAUUUCCUGUAU